CAUUGAGUUUGUCCAAAUGUCCUGAUCGCUCGCUGAUGUAGUAUAAUUUGAAAAUGCUUUAUUUCAUUUUAAAACGCAUGCUCACGUCAAAGAUAAUUGCAACUUGAACUAAACACUAAUUUUAAAUGUUUACACGUAGAUAGCCAGCGGGUAACGCUUUAAUACUGACUGACUAGCCUUAUUACUGUGGAGCAGAGCUGCCUAAGCAGCAAGUCAAGAUGGACACCGCUGAGGAAGCGGACAUCUGCCGGGUCUGUCGAUCAGAGGGGACCCAGGACAAGCCGCUCUACCACCCCUGUGUCUGCACUGGCAGCAUCAAGUUUAUCCAUCAGGAAUGCCUACUGCAGUGGUUGAAACAUAGCAGAAAAGAAUACUGUGAAUUAUGCAAACAUAGAUUUGCAUUUACACCAAUCUACUCUCCAGACAUGCCAUCUCGCUUGCCUGUCCAGGAUAUCUUUGCAGGGCUGGUCACCAGUAUUGGAACAGCCAUCAGAUACUGGUUCCACUACACACUGGUGGCCUUUGCCUGGCUAGGCGUGGUGCCUCUCACAGCAUGUCGUAUCUACAAGUGUUUAUUUACCGGCUCUGUGAGCUCUCUCCUUACCCUGCCAUUAGAUAUGCUUUCAACACAAAACCUGCUUGCUGAUUGUCUCCAGGGUUGUUUUGUGGUCACUUGCACGCUGUGUGCCUUCAUCAGCCUGGUGUGGCUCAGAGAGCAGAUUGUCCAUGGUGGUGCCCCUCAGUGGUUAGAGCAGAAUCAACCUCCUUUAGUUCCCAACCAGCCAAAUGGCCCGGCACCAGCAAAUGAGGUUCCUGGUGGUAACGCUGCAGCCAAUGCCCAGGCUGCUGCCGACGCCGCAGCAGCCCAGCACCCCGCAGACCCUGCUGCAGACGGGCUGGCUCCUGCCAACCCGCAUGAAGCUGGCAACCAGGGAGAUGGGGCUGAACUUGAUGAUGAUGAAGAUGAUGAUGGGGAGGAAGACGAAGAGGAGGAAGAGGAUGAGGAAGCCAGGGAAGAGGAUGCUGCUGAUGCCAAUAAUGGAGGACAAGAAGAUUUGAACUGGAAUGCUUUGGAGUGGGACCGUGCAGCAGAGGAGCUGACCUGGGAAAGGAUGCUGGGGCUGGAUGGUUCCCUAGUUUUCUUGGAGCAUGUGUUCUGGGUGGUGUCUCUCAACACACUCUUCAUCCUUGUCUUUGCUUUUUGUCCGUAUCACAUUGGCCAUUUCUCAGUGGUUGGACUGGGCUUUGAAGACUAUAUCAAAGCUUCACACUUUGAUGGCCUCAUCACGACCAUACUAGGGUAUAUCCUCCUGGCUGGAGCUCUCAUGGUCUGCCAUGCAUUGGCUUCAUUAGUAAAGUUCCAGAGGUCCAGACGCCUCCUGGGUGUCUGCUACAUUGUUGUCAAGGUGUCCCUGCUGGUUGUCAUGGAGAUAGGCUUGUUCCCACUGAUUUGUGGUUGGUGGCUUGACAUUUGCUCGCUGGAAAUGUUUGAUGCCACUCUGAAAGACAGGGAGCAGAGUUUUGACUCUGCUCCUGGUACCACCAUGUUCCUCCACUGGCUGGUUGGCAUGGUCUACGUCUUCUACUUUGCCUCUUUCAUCCUUCUGCUUAGAGAGGUGCUCCGGCCAGGUGUGCUGUGGUUCCUGAGGAACCUGAAUGAUCCAGACUUCAACCCAGUCCAAGAGAUGAUCCACCUGCCUAUCUACAGACAUCUCCGGAGGUUUAUCCUCUCUGUGGUGGUGUUUGGUUCCAUAGUAUUGCUGAUGCUUUGGCUUCCUAUUAGAAUUAUUAAACUGCUCUUCCCAACCUUCCUUCCCUACAACGUCAUGCUUUACAGUGAUGCCCCAGUGAGCGAGCUGUCAUUGGAGCUAUUGUUACUUCAGGUUGUUCUUCCAGCGUUGUUGGAGCAGGGUCACACUCGCCAGUGGCUCAAACGGCUUGUCCACGCUUGGACAUUCACAGCUGGAUACAUGCUUGACCUUCAUUCAUACUUGCUCGGGGACCACGAAGACGAGGACAACCAACCAAACAACAAUCCUCCUGGUCGCCAUAACAACAAUCGGAUCCCUGGCCUGGGGGAGGGGCUACACGCUGCCCAUCAGGCUAUUCUGCAGCAGGGUGGUCCUGUGGGUUUCCAGCCAUACCACCGGCCUAUCAACUUUCCCCUCAAGAUUAUCCUGUUGGUUGUCUUCAUGUGUGUGACGCUGUUACUGGCUAGUCUACUCUGCCUAACAGUGCCAGUGUGUGUGGGCCGCUGGCUGAUGUCUUUCUGGAUGGGUAGUGCCAUGGUUCAUGAGCUAUACACAGCAGCCAGUGGUCUGUACGUCUGCUGGCUGUCUAUUCGGGCUGCCACAGUGAUGCUGUCCUGGAUGCCUCAGGGACGGACUGUCAUCAUGCUCAAAGUCCACGAGUGGACACUCAUGAUCCUAAAGACCAUUGUGGUGGCUGUGCUGUUAGCCGGGGCAAUACCUUUGCUGUUGGGCCUGUUGUUUGAGCUGGUCAUUGUCGCUCCUCUCAGAGUCCCACUGGACCAGACACCACUCUUCUAUCCCUGGCAGGACUGGGCGCUUGGCGUGCUCCAUGCUAAAAUCAUUGCUGCCAUCACACUGAUGGGCCCUCAGUGGUGGCUCAAAACUGUCAUCGAGCAGGUAUAUGCAAAUGGUAUCAGAAACAUCGACCUCUAUUUCAUCUUACGAAGGCUGGCUGCUCCAGUCAUCUGCGUCCUGCUUCUGUCUCUCUCUGUGCCCUACACCAUUUCUAAAGGCAUUACACCACUGCUUGGUGUGCAGCCAGAGAUGCAGACACUGGUGGAGAGAAGGAUCUAUCCAUUCCUGCUGAUGGUGGUCAUACUGUUGGCCAUUCUGUCCUUCCAGAUAAGGCAGUUCAAGCGCAUUAUACGAACACAUCAAAAAUGACAAAUACUUAGUUGGGCAGAGACUUGUGAACUAUGAACGCAAGGCAGGCAGGAGCACAUCUACUGCCUCCUACAGCACCUCCUCAUAGAGCUGGCACUGCUGUGGGAUCAGUGGAGCUGACUCUGCCCAGCACUGGGAGCUAACACCAGCUCCUGUGGUGAAACCUUUCUGUUUCCUCUCUGCUCGACUGUCUACUUCAAACACAGCUUGUAAACUUUUGACUGCAUUCUAAUACUCUUGAAGUCCUUGAAGAGUGAAGACAAGAGUCUCCACUUAAUUUCUGAACAAGGCUGUUAGCCAACCAGUAAAAACUGUCAGCAUGAUUGAAGCUCAGCAGAACCACAACCUAGUUGACUGUCCAUCAUGUCCAUUUUUGUCCAUUUUUGUCCAUUUUUGUCUUCAACGCAGCUGACAUUUUAGGUUGAAAAUGUUUGAGAUGAAGUCAGGUCAGUGGAGAAUAGCUUUUACCUCAGAUUGUGCUUCCCUUUGAAUGUUUGUUGUGAGAUAUUGUUUAGGUCACACUGAGUGUCUCUAAAGGGGACAUUUUCAGAUCUGUGGGGGAAAUAUUUGGACUUUAAUGGGAAUGCCCUUGUGGUUCUUUUCCCAUUGUCGAUUUGCCUCGAAUGGCACCCUUCAUCAGAUUGAGGUGAUAUUGUAGCAAUGUGAUUGUAUUUUUUUAAGAUGUUUUUAUUAGAUGUGUUUUCAUUGAUUUUUAGUGUUACAUUUCUAGAGUGAGCUGAUAGAUAAUCCUCUAAGGAUUCCUUUGAAUUACAGAUGUGAAAUCAGAUCAAAGUGACAUUUUAGACAGUCUGGACAAAGCCCAGGACUUUUUUCUCUUUUUAAGAUGUCCUCCUGUGAAUUGUCAAACAGUACUGGCUGUGUACUACCUUUCUGAGCCCAAAAGAAGUCAAAUCCAUUUUCAGGAGAGGAGAGUUUACCACAUAAAAAGUGAGGCUUCAACUACAAGUGUUUAAACUGGAAAAGCGGCCUUCUGGAAAUUCACAAUGUGCUUGUGUGACAUCCUUAGAUUCUACAGAUUUAUAGAAAUAUUUGAGCCGACUGAUCGUCAGCGGCUUGUAAUGCUGCUAAUCAGCUGCUCACUCUUACCCGUCUCUAUUCUAUUAACAGCCAUUAACAACUAUUAACAACAGCUAAAGGCGACCUUUUAUGUUUCUUGCCUUCUAAUCUCACUUUUUUUUUUGCUGUUGCCUGUUAAGCUCAAUCAUUUAGGUCUCGAUGAGGUUUUCUCAGUGGCAGUGCAACAGUUGCUUACCUAAUGUAUGGCCUUUGUGGUGUGCUACAGUGCAGUGGCGCUGGCUCUCUGAAAGUUCCAUCUUAGCCAACUAAAAAUGGGCUGCACCACACUUAAUUCUUACAGAGAAAGUUUUUGUUAAUGAUAAACCCCAUAACUGACAAAGCAAACAUUAGCGUGUUAAUAAUGAAAGUAAAAGAAGUAAUAUGGUAAACAGGUUUACUGGUGAGUUACACUGAGAAGAUUUUAAAUUCCAUCUCACAAAAAUAAUACAGCUUAAAUUACAAAGCAUUAUGCUGAUAUUGUCUGACUAAAAGCUUUUACAUAACUGAUUGCUUUUGACUAGACAGAACUACAGGUGUUUUCUAGCAACUGAUUUUUUUACAUCAUCAGCUAAGACAUUGCUUAUGUUCUAAUGGUGCAACCUGUUUUGGUAAAUCACUAGUUUCGAAAGUAGCUAGUAGUUAAUAAGACCUUAGGAAUGACUUUACACACAAACUCAGUAACUUACAGAUAUCUGGUUUGGUCCUGUCUUGCUUCUUUACCCUGAAGGUUAAAGUUACAUCAUGGAAAUGUAAUCAUUUCCUCUAAUGUUAAAAGAGAGCGCUGAAAGAAAUAAAAUGAUCUUGUGGAUCUUUAGCCCUUUACAAUUCUGACAGCUACUCGCCAACUGAAGAACAGUGUAUAAUUGACAGAAAAACAGCUUUUCAUUUCAAGGAAGCUACUGAUAGAUGUUAAUGGGGACUGUAGGACUGUACUUGUAUUAAAACAAGAUGACUGCUGGCAUUUUGCAUAUGUGCAGUUUUAAAUGUAAAAUAAUCUGUGCACAGAAAGCAUCUCUACCCUAACAAAAAUCAUUUGUUCAGCAAUUUAGAUAAAGUUUCUUCACAUGAUUUAAAUAACUUCUCAUCUUUUCAGGUUACCUAACUAACUGAAACAGUUUAGUCAGGGAACAUUCAGCUUAAGAGAGACAGGGACUUGAAGAGGUGAAAGGGUCUUGUGUUGAUACUGAUACUGGUACUGAAAAAGGCUCUGCUCUCCUUUGAUUCUUGACUGUAUUCUAACUCCAUGUAGGAGCUGAGUAGGAAGUUGCACCCUGAGUCACUCUCACUUUGAUCUUGCUUGCUUUUUUAAAUAGGUUUUGAGUUUGUUUGCUUUGGCUUUUGUUUCAGCUUUCCCAUACACAGUAUCUGCAGUUAUCUCUAUGGAUAAGAAGUCACAGGGUUGCAGAAGGAGCUCUGAUUGGCCAUUAAGCUAAACGUUUUUCCAUAUUAUUACUUCUGACACUUAUGUGGAGAGUGAAGUGCUCACUGUGGCAAUAGAGGGAUGUGAGGUGUAUUGUUGGAUAUUGUGACUCCUGCUGUAGGUGGCUACUCUAAUGAUGUCUUUAAAGCAACUGAGAGUUUUCUUAAAUGAAAUAAAAUGUAGUGUGCCACCAACCUGUGAUUACCACUUUUGGCCACAGUGGCUGUUUAGCCCAGAUUACAUCGUCUAAAAUAUACAGCAACAGCAACAUCAAAUGUGUAUUAACAUAAUAUCCCCAAGUUAUAAUGUAAAUAAUCACUGAAUAUGUGCUUUUGAAAUCAACAUUUUUUUAGGAUCAGGUUGGGGUUUAGUGUCUUAUUGAGAGUUUCACUGUAUGAAGAGCACAGCACAAGCUAGAUCUUUAUAUACACCACCAGUUGUUCUUGUGCCCUUGUAAACUUAGAACAGACUUCAUGUGAUUGGUUUGUGUCUCUUGACCCCACAAAAAUAUUGCAAACACAACGAGACAUAGAAAUGAACUUAUCUUGAUUAAACAAGCAAAUUUACAAUAAAAAUGAACAGGAAUAGUUUAACAUGUUGUUAAUACGUUUAUUAGCUUUCUUGCUGAGACGUAGAUGAGAACAUUUAUACCACUGUCAUGUCUGUGUGAUAGAUAUUAAGCCAGAGCCAGGAGAUGCAGCAUAAAAACUGGAAAUGGGGAAACAGCAACCCUGGCUCUGUCUAUAGGUAAAAAGAAUUCACUACCAGUGCCUAUGUAGUUCACCAGUUAACAAGAUAUAUCUCAGCUGUUUUAUAUGCACAAAAAACUAAUUGUAAAAACUACAGUUGGAACUGUCUCUUGGCCAGGUAGUCGAUUCCUACAGUCUCUACUGCUUGUCAACUUUAAGACACCAGGAAGAGUUCUCUUCUAACUCUUGACAAGAAAGCAACAUGUACCAAAAUGUGGGGAUGAUGUAAAAUCAGCAUCCCCACAUUGUUGUACUCCCAAUAUCUCAUUCCUAGACCUACUAAAGAACAAAACCAUUAUAGCUAAAGAUUUAAAAAAUUAAAGGAUGUUCCAACCUCUCCAUAAACUAAAAGCUGUUAGAAUAUUUAUAAUGACUGAAGCAAGCCCCAGCCAUUCUUUAAAAAGUAUUUCUCACUGCCAGAGAAAACUGACACAUUCUCUGAUGGAUUCUUUUUCUUAAAGUUCUAACGGGGAGAUCUUAGAUGUUUAAGUUUAAGUUCAUUUUAUUUAUUUAUUUUUUUUGGACAGUAAGAGUCAAGUACAGAUUAUGUUGUUUUUAUCAUGCAAAUGUUUUGUUGUGCUGCACUUUAUCACACAGUUUGCAAUCAUUUCAGAAUCCAUUGUGUGUUUUUAUUUUCCUUUGACUGAGACUAUGAGAUGUCAAUAUUUUACUGUGGUGACUCUGCACAAUGGCUUUUAAAGAGGAAUUUAAGUUUAGCAUCUGUCUUUGACGCUGCAUUUGUGUUAGAAGUGUUUCAUUUGGAGUUUGGUAAAUAUAAACUGCUUUCCUGUUGAUAUGGAUUAGGUGUGACAUUAACAUUAGUGCUGGCAGCUGUAGUACUGCUGUGUGGAAUGCUCACAUUAUAUAUAUAUAUAUAUACAUGAUGCUAUAAAGUGACCUUUUAGUAUCUUUAAUUGAGCUGGACACUUCCAAUUUUGGUCUUGAAUCUCAAUUUCUAGAAGCAAAUGAUUUCUAUUUUUAUAUGUGCAAAAAAGGCAGUGGCAUGUACUGUAACAUAAAGGUAUUUACUUUAAGGUCUAUUCAUUGUUGGUUCAGUAAAAUGAAACAAUAAUAAAUCAUUGUAAUGAA